AAUAUAAUCCAUCCUUUCUAUUACAUUUAUAAACAUUUUCAUAACAACAAAAUAAUCGAAAUGACAGAUAACAGAAUUAAUUCUAGUAUAGACAACUAUUCUCUGUCGGGUUAAGAAAAAGAAAUUGUCCAUUUCGUAACAUAAAAGCAAUAUAAAAGUAACAUAAUAAGGUGAGACAUUGUACUUAGAACAUUUCUUCACAUCUUUAACCCAUGCUUUAUUAAGGUUGUAACAAGAAGUCAUUAUUACUACCCUUAAAUAUCAAUCCUUAUCUGCAUGCAUAUGCAUAUUUAAACCCCUAUACACCACCCCUCUCACUCAACAAGUUUGAUCAAUCAAUUAACCACACACCGCAUAUAGAUCCAUCAUCGAUGUCGCAAGAUCGGUGGGUGGAUCAAGGGAAGCUCUACCUUGGUGUGCUUUUUCUUCAAGUGGGAUAUGCUAUCAAUGGAGUUAUAGUCAAGUCUGCUCUAAACAAGGGUUUAAACCCUUGCACGUUUUCGGUUUAUCGAAAUAUUGCUGCAGUCGUCGUUUUCGGUCCUUUCGCUUACUUUUUCGAAAGGAACAUGAGGCCUAAGAUGAGGUUAUCGGUGUUCUUGAAGAUAAUGUUGCUUGCACAAUUGGAGCCUGUAAUGGACCAAAUAUUGUAUUAUACCGGAAUGAAGUACACCACUGCAACAUUUGCUAUAGCAAUGUGUAACAUUAUCCCAGCUUUGACGUUUUUCAUGGCCUGGAUAUUCAGGUUGGAGAAGGUGAACAUAAAGAAAAGGCAUAGUCAAGCGAAGAUAAUAGGAACCCUGGUAACAGUAGGUGGAGCCAUGAUCAUGACCCUGGUGAAUGGAGUACCGAUCCCAUUGCCAUGGACCCAUAUUAGCAGGGUGCACCCACCUGUAGCACCUGUUGCACUCUCUUAUGAAGACCACCGGAACAUGAUCAAGGGUGCCAUCAUGAUCACUAUUGGUUGCUUCUUUUGGGCUGGUUUUUUCAUACUUCAGGCUGUGACACUGAAGAGUUAUCCUGCUCAAUUGUCUCUUACUAGCCUCAUAUGUAUGAUGGGUGCUUUGCAAGGCACUGUCACUACUCUUGUUAUUGAGAGGGCCAGAAGAGAUAUUUGGUCUAUAAACUGGGACGCUAAACUAUUCGCCACUCUAUAUAGUGGGAUAGUUCGAUCGGGAGCAAGCUAUUAUGUGUCGGGCCUCAUUAUGAAAAUAAAGGGACCUUUCUUUGUGACGGCCUUCAAUCCAUUCGGCAUGGUCAUGGUUGUGAUUAUGAGCUCAUUUACUCUAGGCGAACAAAUAAACGUCGGAAGGAUUGUUGGAGCAAUAAUCAUCGUUAUCGGACUAUACUUAAUAAUAUGGGGAAAAAGCAAAGAUCCAGGUCUUCCAGACUCAAGAAGCAACGAGGUGGAAAUGAUUGAUGAAGAAACAAGCCCGGAUAAGAAUCAAGAAUCGGAUGUUGUUGCUGGUGUGAUUAAAGAAGACCGCCAUGUUGAAUCUCCGGUCUGAUUCGUUGUGUUUAAACAAAAGGAAAAAUGACUGUUAAAAUGCUCAAUCUUUUGUUCACUAGCUAGCUAGUACUAGAAAUGGUUUAGAUGAUAUUCAAACCGGUAUCGGUUUGAUUCGGAAACUUAUUUGGUGUCUUUGUUCUUGCUUAAUCAAAGUAGUAGUUUUGUAAAAAUCGUUAUAGGAUCGAUCCAUAUAGAAGUCUCCAAUAUAAGAUAGGACCCCUAAGUAUUUGAUUUAUAGUUUUACUCAAGUUAUGCUAGAUGGUGAAUGGUUGGUUGGUAUACAACCUAUUUUUUUUAUUUAAUGUCAUUAAUAAAACUUUUAUGGUUUUUAUGUU